CGGCGGCAGCAGCAGCAGCUAGUAUAAUCACACUGAGUUUGCACUAGCGGUUAACUCAAGAGAGAGAGAGAAAUCAUCAUCAAUGAGGCCGCUCGUUGUGCUUGGUCUGGUCCUUGUGCUUGCAGGGGUCGCGCUGGACGGCGCCGACGGCGCCGGGGAGUGCGGGAGGGCCUCCGCUGACCGGGUGGCGCUGCGGCUGGCGCCGUGCAUCUCGGCGGCCGACGACCCGCAGUCGACGCCGACGAGCAGCUGCUGCUCGGCCGUGCACACCAUCGGGCAGAGCCCCAGCUGCCUUUGCGCCGUCAUGCUGUCCGGCACCGCCAGGGCCGCCGGGAUCAAGCCGGAGGUCGCCAUCACCAUCCCAAAGCGCUGCAACAUGGCCGAUCGCCCCGUCGGCUACAAGUGCGGAGACUACACGCUGCCCUGACGACCUCGUGAGUGAGGCCGCCGCGCUAGUGAUUGAAGAGAUGGACGCCAGGGAAGGCUUUGUGUUGGAAUAAUCGAGUCCGCGCGAACCAUGAACGUGGACGAGGGGCUCUAGCCCUAUCACACUGGACUGUGCUUGUCGUAGUAAUAAUACUGUGUGUUCCACUUCAUCUAAUAAAAUUAAUAAGAAUGAACGUGUUGCUUAUCAAGCCCAUUAUUGGCUAUGUAGCCGGAAAAAAUUGUGUUGUGCGCCCCAUGAAGCCCAAAAA